AUGAAGCGCCUCAGCCUGUCCCUCUCCAGCCUCCUGCGCCUCAGCCUGCGCCUCAGCCUGCGCCUCAGCCUGCGCCUCAGCCUGCGCCUCAGCCUGCGCCUCAGCCUGCGCCUCAGCCUACGCCUCAGCCUGCGCCUCAGCCUGCGCCUCAGCCUGUCCCUCUCCAGCCUCCUGCGCCUCAGCCUGUCCCUCUCCAGCCUCCUGCGCCUCAGCCUGCACCUCGCCAUCCGCCGGCGCCUCUCCAUCCGUCGGAUCCGCUUCAGCCGCCGGCACCGCUCCAGCCGCCGGAUCCGCUCUAGCCGCCUGCUCCGCUCCAGCCGCCUGCGCUUCUCCAGCUUAGUCCAGAAGCAGACAUGGCCUCCACUUCCUCAGCUUCAUCUCUGUCCCAUUCUGCCCCAUCAGCUCCUCCGAUACAAGUCCCUGUAA